UGGAACGGCGACGAUUUGAGACGCGUCUUUGUUCAUCUGAAAAGAACACCAAAUAUAUAUUAACAUAUAAAGUGCCAUAUUUAGUUAAAUUUGGAUUGAAAAGUGCAAUCAACAAUGAGAAACAGGUUCGCAAUAUUGGUGGCUGUUUGCUGUGUGCUGGUGGCUGUAGAAGCGAGAAGCAAAUAUGUGACCGCUGAGGAGGAUAACCCAUACGAAUUUGGUUUUACAAUCGACGGGCAGCAACAUCGCCACGAAAAGAAAGAUGCGAAUGGAGUGAUUCAAGGAGAGUUUGGGUUCAUCACUGCCGAUGGCGUCUAUCACGUCACCGUUUAUGCCACUGAUGAGAACGGGAACUUUAGGAUUCUAAGCAUGAAGAAUAUCAGAUUAAGCGGGCCUUUGGAUGAACCCAAUGCAAAACUGCCAGAUACUACAGGAUUAUCUAAGGGUCAAGCUAACCCAGCGCCGAAUCCGCUUAGUAUUAACACAACUCCAGCGCCUGCGCAGACUGUUCAAGCAGUGACUCAAAGUAACCGUUUCACGACGCAGUCUACAAUCAAACCCGCAUGCGCUGGAUGCGGUUAUGUCACUCAUGCGACACCUUUGAAGAAACCCGAUAGUUCCUUACCAUUCCAGACUCAAGCAGGACAAAACCCAAGACCACAGGAUGUUAUAAUUGGAAAGAAACCUGAUGUUCAACAACAGAGUCAAGGUCAAAGCGGUGUUCGGCCGGAUGUUUCUUCAAGUAGUGGUUUUAAUGUUCCACCAGAAUCUAAUGCUCCUUUUGUUUCUGAUCCUGUAGGUGGAAGACCAAGUUUCCUGGUUCAGGUAGUCCAGGUAGUCCAGGUCCAAAUGCAGUGGUACAACCAUCACAACCAUCACAACCACAACAACCAACAACAACCACAACAACCACAACAACCACAGACUAUACCUAUACCACAGCAUACCCAAGGUCAACAAAAUUCAGACACAGCUAUAACAUCACCACCACUUGUACACCCACAACCACAACAACAACCGAUACAUAAUCAAGAACCACCACCAACAAAUCAAAACACUGCAACACCACAAUUACAUACUCCAGAUUCUCAAUCUCCUCAAAUUACAGGUGAUAACAAUUAUCAACAACCACAAGCAGACCCACUUUUGAACCCACUUUCAAUCAAUAAUCCACCCAAUCAUUUGAAUCAACCAUCAGCACCACCACAAUCCGACAGUGGUAUAACAGUAUCCAAUGGAGUGAUCAACGUGCCAAACAACCCACCAAUUCCAAUUCAAGACAAGUAUCCCAACAUGGUUGAUGGUUUACCAGCUGGUAUCAAAGAGGGUGAUAUCACCGAUUUACUAUAUCGGUUUAACUACACUGUUGGUUUCCAUGGGCACUACGAGAAAGGAUACAAGAACGGUGCUAAAGUCGGAGGGUACUUCGUCAAUGACAGAGAUGGUGUAAGCAGGAUCGUGACCUACGUCGCUGAUGAAAACGGAUACAGGCCUAAAGUUAAAUUUAUCCGAUUAGAUCUAACCUCGGAUUUGGUACCGAAGGAAGGUACAGAAAAGACCUUUGGACUGAAGAACUUUGAGUUUGUGUGGUAUCCGCUGAAUUAACGUAGGAUUAGUAAUUUAUUAUUUGCCUAGCAUUAACAAACAAAUAUAUAUUCUUAAUUCAAAAAUUUAAAAA